UUAUUUAUUUAUUCCUGGUCAUUUGGUCUUAUCCGUUCUCUCUCUCUUCUCAUCCAUAUUUUUACAGCGAGGUGAGCUGAAGUCCACAGAAAACGAAAUGGCGGCAAAUUGAUACCAUUAGUACGGCUGCGGAUAGAAACUUAAGACGUAAUCAAAUCCAACAAACAACAUAUAUUACGUCGUGAUCUGUGCGUAUUACACCAAUGGAAUGACUGGGGCAGACCACAGAAUCUAGACGCUAAAUUCCUGUGCAACGAUGGCUUCAAUUCCGCUCCCCACACUUUAUUUAUCAGCGAAAUUUUCGCCGAUUAGUUUAAGAUCUACUGCUAGAAAUAAAUCAGCGUUCAAUUCGUUUGCUGUCAAGUUUACACUGCUGAAUAGUAAUCCAAGAAGUCAUAAAUAUGUUUGCCGAGCUGCUUCAGUUGUUUUUCGCGAUCUUGAUGCUGAUGACUUUAGGCAUCCUCUUGAUAGACAGAAUACGUUGCUUUUGAGAGCGAUUCCGGGUUUAAACGAGAUUGGAAAAGCUUUAUUAGGAACUGUUGCUGAACAAGUUAUGCUUUUGGAGAAUAUAGGGACAUCGGUUCUUGUUGGUGGAAAUCAGCUCCCUGAACUUUAUCAGUUGAUGAUAGAGGCUGCCAAAAUACUGAACAUAGAGGCGCCUGACUUAUAUGUACGUCAAAGCCCCGUGCCCAAUGCUUACACUCUGGCUAUCGGUGGUAAAAAACCAUUUGUUGUUGUUCACACAAGCUUAGUGGAGCUGCUGACUAGAAACGAGCUUCAGGCUGUUUUUGCUCAUGAGUUGGGUCAUCUGAAAUGUGAUCAUGGUGUGUGGCUGACAUUUGCAAAUAUUCUCACACUUGGGGCCUAUACCCUACCUGGUCUUGGUGGUCUGAUAGCUGAGAGAUUAGAAGAACAACUUUUCCGCUGGCUCAGGGCAGCAGAACUUACUUGUGAUCGGGCAGCCCUUCUUGUUGCUCAAGACCCAAAGGUGGUCAUCUCAGUCUUAAUGAAAUUAGCUGGCGGCUGCCCCUCUAUGGCGGAUCAAUUAAAUGUGGAUGCUUUCUUGGACCAAGCUCGCUCUUAUGACAAGGCUUCUUCAAGCCCUGUUGGGUGGUACAUAAGGAAUGCUCAAACAAGGCAACUUUCGCAUCCUCUUCCUGUUCUGCGUGCACGUGAGAUUGAUGAAUGGUCCAGGAGUAAGGAGUACCAAUCUCUUCUUAACCGUGUGACCCCCGUCAUCAGUACAAAAUCUUUAGCAUCUCAUGUGAAAUGAGAAUAGAAAACAAUCACCCGAGUGCUCGUACAGGUAUUGUGAAGUUUCCAAUAUGUUCCAAAUAUUACCUGCAGUGGACCUUUGUAUUUUCCUUGGGUGAACCCAUUAAAUAAAACCUCCCCUCCAAUGAUGCAAAUCACUUCAGCUGCUUUUAUAUUAGUCACUAUCUACUUAUAGUUGUUGUUCUCAUUUUUUGUGCUGUAUUUAAUCAGAUAUUUGCUGCAAGAUAGAUGCUACAUUGAUUUUGGCUGCUCACUGCAUCCGAAGAAAUAUUAUUGUAUGUUAAGUUGUAAGAAUUGUAUAGUGUGGGAUUACUACUCACCUUUGUUGGUCAAAUGUGGGAUGAGCAGUGAAAAGAUAUUUGUAUCUACAACAGGCACACCAUACAGAAGUUGUAAAAUUGACCGUUUGGCAUUGUUAUAAGAUGUCAGUUCCUACAAAGGAAUCCAAGCUCUUAUGAAGUAUGAUAUUUAUUUUCAUA